UGGAUUGGGGUCAGGAUAAAGAGUUUUGCAAGACAGCAACUUAUUUUUAAUAACUUGUUUGCAUUUCUAGAUAUAAAUGAAUGCACGCUACGUCCAAACAUCUGUGGGACAGCCAUCUGUAAGAAUACCCAGGGGAAAUAUGAAUGUGAAUGUGCAGAAGGCUACACAUAUAACUCAACUUCCAAGAACUGUGAAGAUAUUGAUGAAUGUGCUGAAAAUACUUGUGCCCAACUUUGUGUUAACUCUCCGGGAAGUUAUAGCUGCUAUUGUGAUGGCAAGAAAGGCUUCAAGCUUUCUAAGGACAUGAAGAAUUGUGAGCCUGUUCCAGUAUGUAUCCCGCUGAACCUUGAAAAGAAUUAUGAACUGCUUUACCUGGCAGAACAAUUUAUAGGGAUUCCUGUUCUGUACUUAAAGUUUAAAUUGCCAAAUGUCACCAGAUUUUCAGCAGAAUUUGAUUUCCGGACAUACGAUGCAGAGGGAGUUAUAUUAUAUGCAGAAUCCCAUGACAACACGGCAUGGAUCUUACUUGCUCUUCGUGAUGGGAAGAUUGAAAUUCAAUUCAAGAAUGAAUUUGGAACAAAAGUUACCAGUGGAGGCAAAGCCAUUAAUGAUGGACUGUGGCAUAUAAUAUCAGUAGAAGAACUAGAACACAGCAUCAGUGUAAAAAUAGCUAAAGAAGCAGUGAUGAAUAUUAACAGCCCAGGAACUCUUUUUAAACAGUCACAUGGUUUCUUGGAAACUAAGGUGUACAUUGCAGGAUUUCCACGCAAAGUGGGCAACAGUCUUAUUAAACAGAUUAACCCUCGAUUAGAUGGGUGUAUUCGUGCUUGGAACCUGAUGAAUCAGGGACAUUCUGGUGUAAAGGAAGUCAUUCAGGAAAAACAAAGCAAACACUGUUUAGUCACCGUGGGGAGAGGGUCCUUCUACCCUGGCACUGGAAUGGCAAAAUUUCAUAUAAACUACAAUCAUCCUGACAGUGCUGAAGACUGGCUCAUAAACGUGACUAUGACCCUCCGCCCAUCCGCAGACACGGGUGUGCUCUUGGCCUUGGUUUCAAGCGAGAGAGUGCCGCUUGCGUUGGCCAUAGUGGACUCUAACUCUUCUGACACACAGGAGAUCAUUGUGACCAUUGGAAACAUCACUGUUGCACGGCUGGAAUCAAAGAAGUUAUGUACACCUAAGAAAGUGCUGGUAGAACUUCUAGUAACCAAACAGCAACUCGAACUGUCAGUGGAUUCACACACAGACAGAAGCAACUCAGAGCAGCUGUCCGUCCUGCAUGAAGCAAUGCUGGGAAACAUUGUUACAUACUUGGGCGGCCUGCCAGAUGUUCCUCUGGGUGCCACAUUAGUGACUGCUUUUUAUAACGGCUGCAUGGAGGUGAAGGUCAACAACAGACAGCUGGAUCUGGAUGAAGCCAUUUUUAAACACAAUGACAUUAGGUCUCACUCGUGCCCACUGAUUAUGGAAGAACCAUUCAAUUCUUAAUUUAACUUUUUUCUUUCAGAUAUAAUUUGUGUAAUUAGUCUCAUGCCAUAAUGAAGCCUGUGUUAUUUUAAUUCAAGAUGUGCCAGGAAAGUAAU